AUGGCCGCCUUGGCCGACGCACGGGCGCUCAUGACACAGAAGGCGGAGGCGCACGAGGCCGACAAGUGCGCCAACCGUUCCCACAUAUUCGAGGCGAAGCAGACCUUCGUGAAGCUCACCUCGGGGCUGAUGUCGAUGGAGCGGAAGUGCAAGACUGCCGCCGAGGUGGUCGCCAGGAAGCACGCGCAGGCCGCGAAGAGCGCGGCCGAGCAGGUGCUGCAGGAGCUCCGGGCCGCGCUGCGGCGCAGCGGCUGCACCGUCGACGGCCUCUUCGAGGACCACGCGGCGGCCGGCGCGCUGGAGUUGAGCGACGCGCAGCUGGGCGAGCUGGUCCGGUCCCUGCCGGGCCACGGCGUGGACCCCGAGAGGGGCGCGCAGGCCUUGCGGGUCGGGCUGCCGAGCGGCCGCGGCACCAGCAGGACCCAGCUCGGGGAGUGCCUGCAGGAGUUCGCGAGCUGCGCCCGGAGAGUGUCGCCCUCACAGACGACCGCGAGACGGACGCGAACGACAAAGGCCUGA